AUGAAGACCCGGAAUCACACAAAGAUGGCUGACUUCAUCCUGCUGGGACUGGCAGAUUCCAAGGAGAUGAGGCUGGUCCUCUCCAUGCUCUUUCUCCUGAUAUACCUGAUUACUGUGCUGGGGAAUGUGGGCAUGAUAUUGCUCAUUCGCUUAGAUGCCCAGCUUCACACUCCCAUGUAUUUCUUUCUCACCCACCUGUCAUUUAUUGAUCUUAGUUAUUCAACUGUCAUCACCCCUAAAACCUUAGAGAUCCUGCUGACUUCCUCCAAGCAUAUCUCCUUCAUUGGCUGCUUCACACAGAUGUUCUUCUUUGUCCUUUUGGCAGGUGCUGAAUGUUUCCUUCUCUCCUCCAUGGCCUAUGAUCGCUAUGUAGCUAUCUGCAAUCCUCUACACUAUCAGGUCGUUAUGUCCACAAGACUCUGUCAUGCCCUCCUCUUGGUGUCCUAUGUAUUUGGGGCUGUGGAUUCCACUGUCAAUGUGCUUUGUAUGAGCCAGGUGCAAUUCUGCAACUCCAAUGUCAUACAUCACUUUUUUUGUGAUUUGUCACCAAUUUUAUCUCUAUCCUGUAGUGACACACAUGACAUUGAAUUAGUGAUAUUUAUUUUUGCUGGUUCUACCCUGAUAGUGUCUCUCGCCACAUUAUUUGUGUCCUAUGCAUCCAUUUUAUCUACAAUUUUGAAGAUCAAUUCUUCCUCUGGAAAGCAAAAAGCCUUCUCAACUUGUGCCACCCAUCUCCUGGGAGUCACUAUAUUUUAUGGCACCUUGAUCUUUACUUAUUUAAAACCAAGUAAGUCCUACUCUUUGGGAAAAGAUCAUGUAGCUUCUGUUUUUUACACUAUUGUAAUCCCCAUGCUGAAUCCACUUAUAUAUAGCCUGAGAAAUAAAGAAGUAAAAAAUGCAUUCAUUAGAAUCUUACAGAUGAAAGAGGGCUCCAGGUAA